AUGGCCACACACACGAAUCCCGCAGCUCUCAACGCUGAGACCGCCGGCACCGCAAACACGUACGAGAACCCCAGUGUAAACACCGCGACCUCCCACACUACGACAACCGGCGAGAUUCCAGCAACGCACUCGACUUCCAGAGCCGCUACAAGCACGGUCGGUGGCGGUGAUGCGCCGACGACGCGUAGCGGUGGUAUCGGGCAGCAGAUCAAGGGUGCAUUUGCACAAGGACACGGAAUGGGAGAGGUGAUUCGCGGAAAGUUCAACUCUGCUGUUGACACCGCGGCUGGCGACUCGCAGGGCAUGUCUAAGAAUAAGGACAUUACUACUGGCGGUGAGAGGGAAUUUGCGACAAAGGACUUUGUCAAGAAGGGAACUUUGGACAAGGCUUUGUGA